AUGGCAGCAACCCAUCCGCACAUUGCGGCUCGAGGCUACGGAUCAAAUACAACAUACAUAUAUGAGUACUCCAGAGGACUGGGCGGCGUGGACGUCCCCCGCGAUGUGAUCAUCACCCGAAUCAUCUACACAUCUCUCGUCGUCCUCGCUAUCGCAUUAUUCUGUGGCCGAAUCGCCCAGAUCAGCCAUGCCUACCUCCGUCAAAUCACCGCCUCUGGCACAACGAAACGGCAGCAGACCUUCUGGGCGCAGGAGGACUCAUCGUGGUGGCCCAACCUCAAGAAGCACUUCUUAUACGCUCCGUUAGGAAAGAAGCGACACAACCGAGAGAUGCAGCUCUCGUCUGCUCUCAACGUCGGCACUCUUCCAUCCCGGCUGCAGGCAACCCUGGUAUUCCUCUACUUCACCAGCCAAGUGGUCUACUGCGUCUACCUAGACUACAGUGUCAACGAAAAGAAAGCCCUGGUAGCUGAACUCCGCGGCCGCUCCGGGACGCUGGCCGUCCUCAACAUGGUCCCCCUCUUCCUCCUCGCAGGCCGAAACAACCCCCUAAUCUCAAUCCUGCACAUCAGCUUCGACACAUACAACCUGCUCCACCGCUGGCUGGGCCGCAUGGUCGUCCUCGAAUCCGUCGUGCACACAGCAGCGUGGGCCGUCAACGCCUGCGACGAGCAGGAUUUCACCCACAUGCUGGCUCGUCUCCGCGACACCCCCUUCUUCACCUGGGGUCUAGUCAGCACAGUCUCCAUGAUCUUCCUCUGCCUGCACUCGCCCUCCCCAAUCCGCCACGCCUUUUACGAGACCUUCCUACACCUCCACCAGCUGGCCGCAGUCCUAGCCUUCCUAGGCGUCUACAUCCACCUCCAACUAGACAGCCUCCCACAACGCAGCUGGUCCCAGGUGAUAGCAGCAAUCUGGCUACUUGAACGGGGCACCCGUCUCUUCCGCCUAAUUCACCUCAACCUUUCAACAUCAGGCACAACCUCAAUGACAGUAACCGCCCUCCCAGGCGAAGCCUGCCGCGUAACCUUCCACCUCCCAAAGCGCGUCGCCAUCCAACCAGGCUGCCACGUCUUCGCCUACAUCCCAGCCGUAAGCUGGUGGAUGUCGCACCCAUUCUCAAUCGCCUGGUCCGAAUCAACAGACAGCCCCUACGCCUUUCCAUCACCACACACGCCCCAAUCCCUAUCACACAACACAACCACAAAACACACCCCCAAAACCUCAAUCUCAAACCCAAUCCCCCUAACCCCCUCCUCCCUCGAAAAACAAUCCCACUACUUCUCCCUACCACCACACAGCAACUCCCCAAAAACCCAAAUAACCCUCAUAAUCUCAGCCCGCGCAGGCAUGACCCGCCGCCUCUACAACCUCGCCAACAAAGCGCCCCAAAAGUCUCUCUCCCUCCCAGGCUUCAUAGAAGGACCAUACGGGAGCCACCCCUCAAACCCAUCCAGCUACGGCACAACAAUCCUCUUCAGCGCCGGCGCAGGAAUAACCCACCACCUCCUGCUCACGCGCUCCCUGCUGCAAUCCGCGUCCGAAGGAACAUGCGCCACCAAAAAGAUCUACCUAAUCUGGUCCGUUCGCUCAACAGAUCAUCUGGCGUGGGUUAGUUCAUUCAUGGACCAGAUCCUACGUCUGCCCGGACGGCGGGAUAUCCUCGUUGUCAAGCUGUUCGUGUCGAAGCCACGGCGUGCAGCGGAUAUUGUUAGUCCGUCUGCGACGGUGCUUAUGCAUGGUGGACGGUGUCGGCCUGAGGUUGUGCUUGAUGAGGUUUUGCCGGGGAGGGUUGGAGCGGCGCUUGUUUCGGUUUGUGGGCCUGGGGCUUUUGCAGAUGACGUGCGGGGGGCUGCUAGGGGGUGGAUUGGACGGGGGGCUGUUGUUGAUUUUGUGGAGGAGGCUUUUACUUGGUGA